AGCGCUUCUCUCUCUAAAAGAGAGAAAAACACGCGACACAUUCCAACGUAAGAAACCCUUCAAGAAUAAUCACACGGACUUCCAAGCUUUCUUUUACUGAGGAGCAAAACACACACACACAAAAAGCCCUCGAUAGAUUAUGAUCUCGCUGUGCUGCUAGACGCACACAUCAUCGCACAUUCGCAUUCUUAGUGAAACACGACCAACUAUUGUUUUCUGCUGUAGACACCGUCGCUCAGCGUUCCACGCACGUACACACAACCACAAACGCACACACACACACACAUAGAAAGCUAUUUCAUAGGUGGGAAUACAAAACCUUUAUCAUAAAAGGUACGUGUGCUUGAUACAUUUGAAGCGUCUCGACUGACUCCUUCAUUCGCUUUCACCUUAUUGCUAUUUAUCCUCUCUUCUGAGAGAAACGGUAAAGCAUCAGAGUAGUGAGCUCUCCCUGCCUCAUCCCAUUCCAUAGAUAUUUCUCUUACUGCCUUUGUCUUUUCUUUUCUUUAUCUUUCCACACCCUCGCACGCCGCGUAGAAACUCCAGUGCUACAAUAAGAACGAAGUGAACGGCUUAACACACACACACACACUCGCAGAGACACACAAACGAACAACACACAAGGAAUAAUGAUCUCGUGUGACAACACGCAAGAGGAGCACAUCCGCGCGCCGAAGAGGGCGAAGGUGGACAGCCCUGUCAUCUCGCGCUGCACGGGUGACUGCACAAAGCCGUUCAACUACGACGGGCUUCGCCACAACUCCAUCUCCCUCACGCCGCCCUCGAAGGGAAAGGAAGAGGACAGCACUGCGGAUGAUGAGCACAAUCACAUCACCGCCGAGGACGUUUCUCCGGUGGCCACCGCCGCUUCCUCCAAGAGCCCCAGCCACGAGCAGCACGAAGAUAAGGAGGAGAGAGAAAACGACGACGACGGCAAGGGAAUGCUGGAGGUGCUGCGAGUGGCGCAUCCCGCACGUCCAAGUGCAACGGUGCAGCGUACCUCCACGCGUCUGUCUGGGUCGAACACCGCCAGCUCCGCAACCGCAACCACCACCGCUAUUUCGUGCGUUCCACUGCCGGUGUCGACAAACGGUGCGAUCACCACCCUUCGCAGCCUCAGUCAGCUGACCUUCCUGGUGAGCAGCGCCAACACCACUUCGGCGAAGGAGAGGACGCACCCCGACCUGCGACUAAAGCCCGGCGAAAGCGUCAUGCUGCUGCUCUUCUUUGAUGAGGCGUCGCUGCGACCUCUCAUCAACGCCGCGACCAGCGAGUUGUCGCAGAUGCGCGUUUUCACGCUGAACCUCUCGAAGCUACCACCGCAGGACUACGAGUUGAGCUCCGGCAAGCGCUUGGGCAUAGGCAGCGUUGUGCUUCACAGCACCGCCGCCCUUGGUGCAACGACAGCCGCAGACGGCCUGCGUAACAGUGCGACAGAGCAGGUGGUUGGCGCAGCGCACAGCAACGCUUCGCAGGUGACGCAGAAUGCGACGGGCAGCACCAAAAGCGAGGAUGAGGAUGAAGAGGAGGAGUUAGUGCCGGCGGUGCACCCCAUGGCGGUGUCCACGGCGGCGGCCGAGGCGAGUACGGCGGCGGAGCGGGAGCGUGCGCCGCGCUCGUCUGGUGUCGGGGCCGGUGGUGCGGCGACGCUGGACGAGGCGACGAGUGUGUCGUCACUUUCAAACGACCUCCACCACGCCAGCGACGUCGUCCGCGAGAAACUGCGUCAGAUGCUGUCGAUCGACGCCGUGCUCAACCCGCACAGUCUGAGCGGCGGCGGCAGCAGCAAGCGGGAACCUCUGCUGUUCCCGGCCAUGAUUGUGUGGCGCGCUGCUGGGGCUCCGCGGGAGGAGUACCCCCCUGCCCCGCCGCAGACGUACUCGUCGCAGCCCUCGCCGACGCCGGCGGAGCUCUUCUGUGACCGCAUGUCGACCCAGGGAGGCCCUCUGGUGGUCAAGGAGGCCACCAGCAUCGACCAGGUGCACUCCCUGACCCUCUUCCGCCCGGUGUACACGAUGGAGAAUCUCUUCCGCACACUGGUGCGUCUCGUGGCCCCGUCCUUCGCCACCAAGGCCCCUGGCGCGAAGUCGCGCACGGUGUUGUAUUGCGGUGCGUCCUGGUGCCCGCCGUGCAUGCGCUUUGUGCACGAGAUGCCUCACUUCAUUCGCGAGGACUUGCCCUCCAGUGUGGUGUGCACCGUGAAGGCGGACAUGGACCUGGCGAAGCCGAUCUACGAUUUCUUCAAGGUGCAGAUCAUCCCUACGUUUUUGGUGCUGGAUAAUGAGGUGCUCAUGCGGUGCUACGACAACCUGCAGCAGCGCGGAGUCGCAGAAGCUGGCUCGACGGGGGUGGCCACGUCGCAAUCGGACUACCUGCACAGCAUCCAAAACGCGUUCUCAAAGGCCGAACUCGCUCGUUUGCAGAACUCUAACCGCCAACUUGUUAGCACUUUUGUCUCCAAGCACAGUCAGAAGCUGAGCUUCGAUGAAGACUUCUAA